GCCACAACAUGAGCCAUGGAGAGCCUGGGCUUGGGCAGCAGGCGCAACAACGGCGGCAACUCCGCCGCCACGCCCACGGUUCCGUCGACGGCCGGGGGCGGUGUGGGAAAGGUUUUGGUCCACUCGAAGCUAAAGACGCAGCCGCAGCAGCAGCUCUCCAAUCAGAACUAUUAUACGCAGCAGCAGACGCAGCUGCAGCGUCUUAAGCAGCAGCAACAAAAGCUGCAACAACAGCAGCAGCAACAGCAGCAGCAUCAGCAACAUUGCCUUCAGUUUCCGCCUCCGCCGGAUUACCCACCACCGCAUACCGCAGCUACUGGCUCCACCCAGAACCGACGUCAGCUACUGCCCCGAUAUCCCGAUCCCGAUCCGGAUGCCAUCGAGGUCUGCAAUGAUCCCAGGCAGGAGACCUCGCCGCAUCACCUCGAGCAGCUGGCGGCGCGGCACAGCAAGAGCCUGGGCCGGCUGCAGAGCUCAUUAUUGGCCCAUCAGACGCAUCAUGACUACUCGUAUGCCUACUAUGAGCCCGGUGCCGCCAUGAGGCACUCGCCAGGAACAAGUGCAGCCUCUGCAGCUGGGGCUGCUCCAACAGUGGACAGUGGCUCCUCCUCCCCCUCCUCCACCGCAGAGACAACACCACCACCCCCGCCCAACUCCAUACGAGCCCUGCUCUCCAAGGGCAAAAAGAACAAGCAGCUCGUAAGUCCCGCCACUUUGCAGUCAUACCAGACGCGCUACCACAAGCUGACCAGUGCCAGGGCAAGGGCACCUGGCCAGAGCGAGAACUUUUACGAGGAGAUCAAUGCGGCUACCACCACCACCAGCAGCAGCGCCAUCACCACCUCCUCGUUGCAGAGCACCGUGGGCUCCCAGUCGGCGGGAUCCUUGGGCCAAACCCUGGUGGAGGAGGAACUGCGACGGGUGCAGAGUCGGCAUCACAAGAUUCUCGGCGAGCUGAAUCUCAGUGUGGAGGCCAUGCUGAUGCCGGAGAGUCCGCCCAAGUCGAUGGAACAGCAGCCGGCAGCGAUCACCGGAGCACAGCCACAACCCGAGCCCAGUGUGAGUGUAACGGCGGCCAGUGGACAGCCACCGAGCAUACUGGCUCGUCUCACCUCCGCCUCGGCGGAUAAUAUCUGUGAUAGGAGCGAAGGAGGAGGAGGAGGAGCAGGAGGAGGUCGUAGAGGACUGGCCGAGCAGCUGCUGGCCGCCAGCGCCGACCUGGACAGCGGCUUCAGCGGCAGCAGCGGGGCCAGCUACAUAGGAAGCCUGCGUCUCAGCAAGUCCCAGCACAUCAAGUGUGCCCGGCAAGCGCCCACGGCGGUCACCCAGAGCUGUCGCUCCUUCCAGCGAGCGGCCACGGUAUACGAUGAGACGGGUAUGGGCAUCGGUAUGUCCUCAGCUAUGGCUUCGGGAUCGGGUUCAGGCAGCACCUGUGGCAGCAGCUUCCUGGCCCGCGCCUCCUGCGGCCGGCGAAUCCUUAGCUGCGCCAAGAUACGGGCUGCCGAGGAUCCGGGACCCAACCAUCUUCAACGAAUCAGUGGACACCAGACAAUGCCCGCGGUACAGACGACGGCCACCACGGGCACCGAGUCCAAGGCCAGGAGCUUUUGGAGUCGCAAGGGAUGGAGGAAGCUGCCGGGAUUUUCAACCUCCACUUCCAGUAUCAACGAUGCGGGCUUAACAGAUGAACAUAAACUGAACUCCGGCUCAUGGGAGGACACCUUAGACGAGCCACAGCACCACCACCAGCAGCAGCACCACCACCAGCAGCAGCACCACCUCCACCACGCUCAUCUCAGCCAGCGGCGCCAGCAGAGCUCCUUCAUCGGGCCACCGCAGUCCAGCGUCAGCAUCACCACCGCCCAGCUGCACAGUGCUUUUAGCCGAAGGAUAGCAGAGCAGCGGGAGCGGGACCAAAGGGACCAAAGGGAUCGUGAUCAGACGGGCCACAACGCCCCCUAUAGCGGCACCACAAUUGCCGGCGGAAGCUUCAGCGCCAACGGUGGCCAGGCUGCCGUUGGUGUUGGCGUUGCGGACGGCAGGAGCAGUUGCAGCAGCAGCAGCGAGCGCGACAACAAGUCUCCCUGUAGCGAGAGGGAGAGGGAUCGGGAUCGGGAUCUGGAGCAGAAGCCAGGUCUCACCGAGGAGGAGCAGAUUCUCACCGAGGAGGAGCAUAACAGCAGCAGCGUGAGUUCGUUAAGCGCCGGCAAUCAACGCAAUUCGCAAUUGCGUUCCACUUUCAACAAGGCCAAGCAGCAUUUGUCCUUUGACAAAUGGCGCACGGCCGCCAUUGGAAACACCACAGGUUCCGGUUCCGCUUCCGGUCAAUCCCCAUCAAGUGAUAACAGCAACAAUAUGAUUAUGCGCAGGGCCAGUGCCUGCACCAUGGCCUCUACUGGUGGCCCAGGUGGUGGCGGCUCCCAACGGGAGGAUGCCACCACGCCGGGUGAGUCGCCGGGCGGCCGGCUAUCCCGUUGGUUCUCCAUACGACGCGGAUCCUCGCACCAGUACGAUGUGGGCGGACGCGAUGGUCGCCACUCUACAGCCUCCAGCUUCGACACGCCCGACUCUGGUUCGAGUGGGGGCAAGGGUGGCGGCCCUUUGGGCGGAGGAGAAGGCGGUAGAGGAGGUGCAGGCACCACUGAAGCUGCGCUGGACGCCGCCUCGGCCCAGAAAUUGGCAAAUUUCGGGGCCAGCAAAAUGAUGCCCGGAGUGCCAGAGUACGAGGAUGACGGCGUCUCCACUGCCGAUGGUAAUCGCUUCAACAUGGACCUGAUGCUAACGCCGGCCAGUCGGGCCAAUGGGACAGCUCGUACCACCCAGAAUCGUCUCAUUGUGCCAAUGCUGCCCCCCGCCCCCGCCGGACUGUCCCAGCAGCAGCUGAAGCGGCGUCACAUUGUGGCGGCCAUCGUUCACAGUGAGAACUCGUAUGUGGCCACCCUGCAGAGACUAGUCAAUGAUUACAAGAAACCCCUGGAGGAGUGCAGUCCGCCCGUGCUGAAUCCCGUGAAGAUCGCCACCCUGUUCCAUUGCCUGCCGGACAUCUUGCACUCGCACAAGCUCUUUCGCAUCUCCCUGGCCGAGUGUGUUCGCAACUGGGAUCGAGACGAGAAGAUUGGGGACUGCUUUGUGGGCGCCUUUGGUAAGCCGCAGCUCCUAGAGAUCUACUCCGGCUUUAUCAAUAACUUUUCGGCCGCCAUGGAGCUGGCCAAGAUGGAGGAGAAGCGCAAAUCGGCGCUGGCCGAUUUCUUCAAGGUCAAACAGAUCAGCGCCCACGAUAGGCUGUCCUUUUUUGGGCUUAUGGUGAAGCCUGUGCAGCGUUUCCCCCAGUUCAUCCUGUUCCUGCAGGAUCUGCUCAAGUACACGCCGCAGGGCCACCACGAUCGCAUGUCCCUGCAGCUGGCCCUGUCCCAGCUGGAGCUGCUCGCCGAGCUGCUGAACGAGAGCAAGCGGGAGGCGGAGCAGUACCAGGCCUUCAAGGAGAUGCUGGGUCACAUCUCGGGCACCUUCAAUGCCCGCUCCCUUAGCCUGAGCAGCGUCAGUGUAAGCGACUCGUCGGGGGGCGGGCAUGCGCGUCCCAGGUACCUGCUGCGCGAGGACAAUGUCACCCACAUGGAGUUCAACCAGGCGGGCUUCAUGGUCAAGUGCAAGCAGCGGCGCCUGCUCCUGCUCAACGACAAGGUCAUCUGUGUGUCGGUGGCGCCCAAGCAGUCGCACGACUUCGGGGCCACCGAGAAGCUCACCUUCAAGUGGAUGUUCCCGGUCAACGAUGUGGAGAUUGUGGACAACACCACCUCGGCCACUCUGUCGAGGAUUCUGACAGCAGGCCUCAAUCGCGGCGGCAGCUUAAAGUCCAACGGCAGCAACGGUGCCAACGGUGGCAGUCCCUUUGCCAACAGCACCCUGCCGGGCGGCGUGGAGGGUCUCAGCUCUCGGUCGCCGGCCGCCCAGGUGGCCAACGGCCAGGCAGACAAUCUGUGCAGCGAGAUGAGCACCUUGAUGUACGACUACGAGGUGAUCUCGCGCAUCCACGACCUGGUGGGCAGCCUGAAGGGCAGCUACAAGGAGCUAAACGCAAACACCACGCGCAACGUGCUCAACCUGAUCCAGGGAUCGAUCCAGCGCAAGGACGAGGAGAUGGCCUGGGUGGACUCGUGCUGCCUCACGCUAAACGGCCGCCACAAGUCUGGCAAGGAGGAGUCCUUCACAUUCCAAACGCAAACGCCGGCGGUCAAAAAGGAGUGGAUCACCGAGCUGCGUCUGGCCCAGCUGGCCCUCGAUCCGAACAAUUCGCCGGCCUGGGAGCGUGGCGGUACCCACCAGCAGCCAGUCAUUCAUCAUCAGCAUCAUCAGCAGCAGCAGCAACAGCAGCAGCAGCAUCAGCAUCAGCACCAGCAUCCACAUCAUCCGGGCUCGCCCGAGAACCGCCAGACAACACACGAGCAGCAGCAGCUCCAGGAGGCCGUACAGCAGAAGCAGUCGCGCAAAAUGCCGCUCUUUGUCAAGGCGAUGCCAGUCUACAAGUCACAGCAUCAAACCGAGGUGCGCUGUGGAUGUUACUACAGCAUCGCCAAUGAUACCAGGCAGAGCGGCAACGCCAGACGCCGGCACAAGCAGCUGAACUACCUGUGGAUGUGCAGCAGCGACGGCACCUCCUCGCACAUCACCGUCCUGGCCCAGCAUCCCCAGCAGGCGGGCAACCUGCGGGAAGCCGGAGCCUUUGAUUUAUUCGAAACGCAGGUUUCGGCCAUGGAAUUUGUCAAGGGAUUAGAUCAGGCGCGAGGAGGAGGAGGAACUGGAUCAGGAGGAGGAUUAAGCGGAGGGGCAGUGCGUGAGGAGCCCGCCAGCCUGCUGGACGAUCUCGUGUGGCUGGGCACGGACAGUCGCAAGAUCCUGGUCUAUUCCGCAAGGAAUCCAGAGCAGGAGGAGCAACUAAGCAGCUACUCGGUGCCGGGUGCCGUGCAGCGCAUCCUCUACCAUUUCGAUGCCGUCUACGUGGCUUUGGCGGGGGCCAUGGUCUUGAUCUUUCGACGGGGCCACGACGGCGCCUGGCAGCUGCGAGAUCCGCAGAUUAUUAGGCUGGGCGACUCGGAGCUGCCGGUGCCCAGCCUGCUGCCCAUCAACAUGUGCAUUUAUGCGUCCUGCGGCAACCGCGUCUACGUGAUGAAUGCCUUGAACGGCGAGAUCCAGCGGAGCUUCGAGGUCCAGCACGGGGCCAGCCAGCAGGUGAACCUGAUGGCCCACUCGGGCAUCGGUCUGUGGAUCUCGCUGAAGAACUCCACCAUGCUGUGCCUGUACCACACGGAGACGUUCAAGCAUCUGCAGGACAUCAACAUUGCCUCCAGUGUGCUGCGGAGCGACGGCAAGAAGGAGCAGCCGCUGAACAACAGCGCCGUCUAUGUGACCGCCUUGAUGGCCUGCAAGGGCCUGCUGUGGGUGGGCACCAACGUGGGCAUUGCGGUGACCAUACCCCUGCCCCGUCUUGAGGGCGUGCCCAUCAUCAGUGGCGGCAUCAAUAUGUCCUGCCACGCCCACUUUGGUCCCAUCACCUUUCUGCUGCCGCUGAUCCCGAAGGUCUAUCCCGCCUACAAGCCGCCGACGGCCGUGGCUCCGCCAGUGCCCAGCAUGGGCGAGGAUCUGCAGCUGCCGGCCAUCGAUGCGGAUCCCAAGCUGGAUCCGCUGGAGCUGGAUGACACGACGGUGGUGGUGCUGCGUCGUGACUUGGCCAAGGAAGAGGCGGCGCCAUCGAGCGCAGAGGGAGGCGGCGGCGGCGGCGGUGGAGCAGCAACUGAAUCGGUCACCCCAGUGUCGGCCUCGCCCCGCUGCUCCAAACUGGACAAGCAGCACUCCCUGGAUCAGAGUUUCACGGCCAAGAUCCGAGCCUCGCUGGCCAACUCGCCGGCCUUUCAUCGCAAGCGUUUCCGCGAUGAUCCCAACAGGAUGUCCAAGACCCUGCCGCGCGGCCUGGGCGCCACUGGAGGAGCAGCAGCAGCAGCAGCAGCAGCGGGAGCGGGAGGAGCUGGAGCAGGCACUCCAGGCGGUUCAGGCAACAGCGAUCAUGGCAUCUGCGAUGUCUACGGCCUGUACGGGAAGCUGAUAUUCGUGAAGGAGGACUACGACGCGGAGGAGGGCAACCAGGGCAAUCUCAUGGACAUGAUGUACGAGGGUAUGCGGCGAUCCGAUCCAGAAUUGGCAGCCAUACCGGGAAAGGUGUGCACACUGGAUAGACGCCUGCGGAUGAAGGCUUCGCGACCGAGAUCCUUGGACCUGUCCAACUGGUCCGUGGACUCCAAGUCCUCCAGCCUGUACACCUCGUCGGGCAGCGAGGAGAGCAUGGGCAUCAAGCACUUUGGCGGCAGAUCCGUCUCCCGGAACAGCAGCAGUGCCAGCCACAAGACCUCCGGCACGGGCAGUGACCUGGGCAAUAUAUCGGAGAACGGGCUGAUGACCACAGCGGACAUACACCAUCACCAGCAGCAGCAGCAGCAGCAUCAGCAACAGCAGCAGCAGCAGCUCCAGUUGAAUAGCACGCCCAAGGGCAGCACUCCCGAGGAGGGCAGACUGGGACUGGACAAACCCGCUGCGGCCGCUGUGGCCACGCUGAAGCGCAAGCAGAAGCAGAACUCCAAGCAGCAGCAACAGCAGAGCGCCGACGGGCCCAGGACGGUGAUCACUCUAAUGGGCGGCCGGGGCUACUGGCGUCAGAUGUGGUACAACACCAACUCGACCAGUGGAUCGCCCAGUCACAAGAACAGCACUGGCGGCGGUAGCGGUGGCGGUGGCAGCGGGAGCAGCGCUCGCGAGGCCAUGCAGGCGGGCAACGGCGGCGGCAGUUGCUGCUCCACUCUGACGGCGAACUCCAACGAUGCCCAUAUCGUGGUCUGGGAGAAGAAGUUAUAAUCGCAGGAGCUGGUGUGCUGCUGCACCCUACAGCAGCAUCCGCACCAGCACCAUCCCCCGCUCCAGGAGCUGUGGCGCUGCCAGCAGCAGCAGCAGCAGCAGCGCAGGGGACGAGGCCGAGUCCGGUUCCGAGGAUCCUUUAUCCAGCGAGAUCGCAGUGCGGAGGGAUCCGGUGCGGGACCAGGCGCCGGCGCCGGCGGCAUGCUGAGUGCCAGCUUGAAAAGGCUGACCAAGCUCAAGCGAGGCGGCAGCCUGAAGGAAUUCUAAAUUCUAGAACUAAUUGCACUCUACUCGCGGAACGUGUACAUUAUCUCCAUUAUCUGCAUUAUCUGCAUCUCCAUCUCUGAUUUAUUUAGUUGCUAGUGCUUAGGGUUUAUACUUAAUUAGGCACAAACCGCAUAUCGAAUAUCUGUAUGCUUGUUUUGGUUCGUUUAUAAUUUAUAUUUGCUUUCGAUAUUUUCUAGAAAAACUAUUUUAUUUCUUGAAUCAAAGAGAAAUUUCAAGUUAAACGCUAUGUUUUCUCGCUCUCUCUCAAAACUUUUCUCAAUAUUCGACUCAACAAAAGUCAAAGCCUAGAGCCAUAGGGGAAUAAUAUACAUAUAUAAAUACAUAUAUAUAAUUUUUUUUUAUUUUUUUUUAUAGAGCUUAUUAACUGAAUAUCCAAAUAUACAAAUGUUUUUUUCCUAGUUGCGUAAGGAAUAUGUUACUUAGGUUAUAGCAAGAAUCCUCUUUCAUAGGGCCAGAGGGAGCACACUUGAGAGCGGCAAAGCCAACAAGCUAAGCGAAAAAAAAGUAUAAACAAAUAAAGGAAAACAAAAACAUUGUUAAUUAUAAAAUAUUAAAGAAAGAAAGAGAGAGAUCCGAGGGUGAGACCCCACGCUCACUCUCUGAGAACUCUGCAGCAGCUGGCAGCACCUUCCUUAUAUUAUACAUGUAUUAUAAUGAAACUAGACUUAAAUAUACCAUAUUAUAUGCAUACUCUCAUCUAUUGAUCGACUUGUAGUGCUCUUGUGUCUGUGUAUUUGUAAAAGUUUACAACAAACAUGCAAAGAAGAACAAAAGGUAUAACAUGAAAUGGUUUUUUCGGCACUGGGCAAAAUAUAUAUAUAUAUAUAUAUAUAUAUAUAUAUAUUAUAUAUAUGUAUACAAAAGGGGUAGGAUUAUCAUACAUCUUAUAUACACAAGAAACAUGGUUAUAUACGAUUUACAGCUAAAGAUAUAUACGAGAGAUAUUUUUUUGGAUACGAGACAUCUUUUGGAUACUCCCCUCGUAAAAGUCAGGCAUAAUGCAAUUAUGCAACUUUUGAUAUCAUUGUGCAUAUAUAUACAUAUAUGUAUAUAUUUACGAGACCACAUGCAACACGCACUCAUCUACACACAAGAACAUGCAUAUACAUAUAUAUUUGAAAAGUAAUAUAUUUACCUAUAUAUCUACACACAAGCAUACAUAUUUACGCGUUCCCCGGGGAACCUUUGUACAUGGUCGCUGGUGGAGCCAUCUUCUAUCCCAAGAUAAGUUGCUAUCGUCUAUCGGACAGCAGCAAAAAAGAAUAAUAUUAAAUAAUAAAAAAACUGCAAGAUAAUUGAUGUAUUCAAGAACAAAGAAAAUGUAUUAAAAAAAUAUACAAACAUUUA